UCCUUCGCCCCCGCCACGACCGCGUCCGUCGCGCGCUCCCUCUCCUCUCCUCCACGCCCCGCGCUCGCUCGCUCGCGCCCACGCCACGUCAACCUGCCCCCCCCCCUCCUCACCCCUUUCCAAGAUCCGACAGCGGGGCCAGCCCGGCCAUGAUCUGAUCUUCUCCGAGAGCCUCGCAGGAGCAGAUUGCAGGGAGCCCCGAGAGUUUCCGGGCUGCGAUGGUGGCGGUCGCGGCGGGGAGGCGGGCCGGGGCCGUGCGCGGCGGCGGCCGCCGGCGCGCGGGCUGCGGCGACCAGUCGCAGGCGCAGCAGAGGCUGCUGGCUGUCGCCGUCGCCGCGCGCUUCGCCGAGGCGGGGCCGCCCCAGUCCGCCGAGGCCUCCGCCGGCGGCUGCUGCGUCGAGCUCCUCGAGUGCCUGCUCGGGGCGCUCGGCGUCACCGCCGUCGCCCCGGCGCCCGCGCAGUACAGGUGGGCCGUGCGCUCGAUCCGGCGCCGGCGGCCCCGCGGCGCGUCCGCAGAGGGCCGCCGCGCAGGGGCCGAGCCCGCGCCCCCGUGUCGCAUCGCGGGGAACGGCGCCUCCGCCUCCGCUGCGGCGUCGCUCUACACCAUGCAGGGCAAGAAGGGCGUCAACCAGGACGCCAUGGUCGUCUGGGAGAAUUUUGGUUCAAAAGAUGAUACCAUGUUUUGUGGUGUUUUUGAUGGCCAUGGACCAAAUGGGCAUUUGGUUGCCAAGAGGGUCAGAGAUCUUCUUCCUGUGAAGUUGAGUGCAAACUUAGGAAGGAAUGGGAUCACUACAAGAGGUCCAGCUUCAUUAAGGGUUGAAGAUACUGAUGAUUCCCUUGAAAAUAAGGAGAAUGGCGGGCACCCAGAAUAUUUCCCAGAACUUAGAGCUUCAUUCUUGCGGGCAUUUUAUGUUAUGGACAGGGAUCUGAAAUUAAACAGAAAUAUUGAUUGCACAUUCAGUGGAACAACAGCAGUUACAGUAAUCAAGCAGGGACAAAACAUCAUAAUUGGUAACUUGGGGGAUUCUAGAGCUGUCUUGGGCACUAGAGAUGAAGAUAAUCACCUAAUUGCUGUUCAGUUGACGGUUGACCUCAAACCUAGCAUUCCAAGUGAAGCAGAGCGAAUCAGGCAACGAAAGGGUAGAAUAUUUUCUCUUUCAGAUGAGCCUAAUGUUGCCCGUGUGUGGCUUCCGACAUUCAACUCGCCAGGACUGGCCAUGGCAAGAUCAUUUGGAGACUUCUGUCUAAAGAAUUAUGGUAUUAUUUCAAUGCCUGAUGUUUCAUACCAUCGCAUCACUGAGAAGGAUGAAUUUGUUGUGUUGGCAACUGAUGGGGUGUGGGAUGUACUUUCUAACAAUGAAGUUGUUAGCAUCAUCAGCAAAGCUCCUUCACAGGUCUCAGCAGCCCGGUUUCUUGUUGAAGGGGCUCAGAGGGCAUGGAGGACUCGGUACCCCACAUCAAAGACCGAUGACUGUGCUGCUGUCUGUCUCUUCCUGAAUACAGAAGCAGCAAGUACAUCCUCCAAUUCUGGAACCAAAGAUUUGACGAACUUAGAAGCGAGCAGCAGUAAGCACUCAUUGACUGUUAAGUCAAGCACUGCUGUCCCUGCAAACCUUGUCACCUCAUUGGUAGAAGAUGAAGAGUGGUCUGUUCUUGAUGGCGUCUCUGGGCCUGUCACUCUGCCAAUUUUGCCAAAGCCUACUUCAGUUGUGAAGGAUAGCACAAAAGAUUGAGGUUGCCCAUCUGAGGUGGCACCAGUUUUGCUGGAGUGUUUUUCAGCUUUUGCUGUGAGUUUGCGUGCAUUGGGUUCAUGGUGAAGCUAAGAUCAGUGCCAGUUUUGUUGGCGAAUUGGGGAAAGUUUGUUUCGUGCUUUAUUCUGCAUGAUGGUAUGGGUAGGCCUGCAUCUUUCUUUUUUCUGUACAGUAUUCAACCAGUUUAGUGUGCUCAGUUCAUAGUAAUAAUAGUGUGGUCAGUUCAUAAUAAUAAUAGUUAUAGUAGUAAUAAUGUACCAGCUAUUGGUGGAUGGGUGAUCAGAUCCAUCAUCCAUGCAUGGGAUGAAGUUUCUCCCUUAUUUUGCAAUAUAUAUUCUCUUGAUUUUCGCAGAAAUAAGAAGUUUUCUGUUAGUGAUUGCUGCUU